AUGACUCUGCUUUACCCUCAUAUGCUGAUGCGGUGCCUUCUGGGGAGGCGUCUUCUGUGGAUCCACUCAGAACUGCCGCCACCAUCCCAGCCUCUCAGUUUUACGGAAAGAGGCCGGAAUGUAACGAAGAAUAAGGAAGCUGGAUCUUCCUCAGUGGGCCCAGGCACUUCUCAUACGUCGUACAAAUUCACUGCCGAGUCUCCUUCGCAUGAUGAAGGCAUGGCUUCCAACUCAUCACGGAUAGAUGGUGACGCACAACCUCUUGAGGAUUACCGCCCACCAGAGCCGGUUUUUGAAACAACAUAUAAUACCGAUUGGUUCGAGGGUAGUCCGACAUGGGGUCAAUCGGGGCUUGACGUUCCGGUUGUGCAAGUUGGAAGGGAACAUUGGCUCACAGAACCGCCCCCCGAUUGGUGGGAUGCGAAGCAUGCCGCGUUCACAGAAUAUAGGCCUGGGCCUGGUCAAUUACCUUCACUUGUCACUGCCAACAUUUUUGCAGAGCCCCUCUAUCGUUGUGGAGUCAUUUCCGUCCCAACUCCACCCGAUCGCAAAGAGGGUACCCAUGGUCCGGACCCUAGAUAUUCGGCUUCUAAAUUAGAUGACGUCCGCAACUGCCUGCCGGAGCAUCUCUUUUAUAAUUUCAAAUCUCAUGGCUGGGUUUUCGUCAAUGUGGCACAGGAUGAAGCUUUGAGUGUUCCAUUGCGCGAGAUUCCGGGAAAACCCUAUCCUUCGGAUGUUGGUCGUGCGUUAUACGCUAACUGCACUGCUCGACCAGGGUUCUCGCAGCUUGUCUACGAAGAUAUCUCAAUCCAUCACCAUUUUCACGCCUACCCAGGGGCUACAGAUGUCCCCCCAUUACUUUCCGCUGCGUUCUCUUCCCUGCAUGAGGCCUCGUUCCAGUCGUCAGCUGGCGCAUCAGGGCGGGGUGGCAACAACGCCAACAAUGCAAACACACCAUCAACAACAGCAGACUUGGCAUCGGCUACAAUACGGGCAGAUUUAUACGUUUGUGCCCUUUGUCAAGUGUACGUUGUGGUUAGCGGAGUCAUCCCUGCCAUCAUUCCCCGAGAUGUGCUGGACACCUUAGUUUUGAGUCGUUCGAGUAACCCACCUCUGGGAAAGACUCCGCAGCAAAGUGUUAUCGCAGCAUUGGAACUCUUGGUGAAGAUUAUGGCCAAUUGCUUGUUCAAAGGUCAGGGAGGCGCCGUCAAUACCCAGGCAACUGGAUUUUUAAAUAAUCUGGGGUGGAAUGAGACCACCGCUGAGAUAUUUGAGCGCAUUGGGUUCCGCAGUCAUCAUGAACUUCCUAUGCGUCUGGCACCCCCUCCGUUUUCAUCUGCGUCCCCUCAGGGUAGUAGAAAUAGGGCAAUCAUGACUCGGGCAUGGAUUGAGAUCAGCGCGUGGCUACAUAUUUACAAGAGGUCGCCAGCCGAUCCAGGGGAUGGUGUCCACAUCUACACGAUGUCAUUACGGGAAGAAUUCGAGGGGCUGAUCGGGUCUCAAACAAGAGACCAGCCGUGGAUGUUUGCCACCAAUCCAUGGCAUGGAUCCUUGUUCCUGCAGUUUGGAAUGCCAGUAGAGUCCUACUCCGAGAAGCUUCUCGAGUUUGCCUUCCAUCAGCAAAUUCGUUGUGAUCCUAACAAUAUCCCUCAAUAUCUUUCGGCGUUAGAAAUGAUCGAAGAAAUUCCCGGUCUCCCCCACCGUCAAGAUUUAACAAACUUCAUCAUGACCCAAAAAUCUAGAGGCCUUUGGUCUCGUAAGGAUUUGGACCGUGCCGUGGGGUUGUUGGGUUUUGGACCAGACGGUCCUUUGCGGAUAAACUUCGAUCGCGACGUGGAUGGCCAUUUCUUGAUUGGUGCCUUUAGGAAUGCGUGGGACGGGAUUGACCUCAGCAAUGCGAAGGAGGGGUUGUAUGAUCCUGAGAAGCGUGAUACCUUGCGGCGGGAUCUCAAAGAAGCGCUUUUGAUUGCGUCUCAGUCUUUGGGCAGCCAGGUCAUCGUGGAACAGGCGAGACAAGAAAUCGAACUCAAGAGUAUGAGCCCCAACGCUGCGUAUGCUGCUUUUGACGCUACUAGGGACGUUGACGACGACACUCUAAUCGUCGCGUACGAGAUGCGUGCAACAGAACAACCAGGGGAGAUCGAUAAAUUACGAACGACUUUGCAGUUUAUCGCGGAGGACCGUAAUAGUGACCGAUUGCGCGGGUUUCUUGGGGGUGGAGUAGAUUCGGGACAGGGACACUCUCACCGUCUGGAAUGGCCUCGCGGAUUAUAUCAACUUGGGAAUACUUGUUACCUUAAUUCAUUGUUGCAAUACUUUUACACGAUCAGACAACUCAGAGAUGCACUUGCAUCAGGUUCCUUUAGGUCCGGUGCUGGGGAAGAGGACUUCAAAGGGAAACCAAUUGGAGGACGAGUUAUUUCUUCUCGUGAACUUGAUCGUUCUCGUAGAUUUGUGACACAUCUUCAUAACCUGUUUAUCAACCUCGCUCACGCAGAGACCCCUGCGGUCCUUCCCGAAGUGGAACUUGCCAAACUGGCACUUAUGACGUCCAAGGACGAGGAAAUGGGUUCUGGGGCUCAAGAAACCGCUGCAACAUCCAUCGGGAGUGCGGAGACAGACUCUACCUUAGUCGAGGCUAACGGGACGGAGGCUGAAAAUCCAUCAGACAUCCCAUCACUACCAUCCCAUCAGGUUUCUUUCAUGUCCGCGCCUUCGCCUCAAGUCACUAUACUGGGUAAACGUUCUAGCGAGUCCCGACUCACAGCAAAGCAGGAGCCCGCUUUGCCAAUGGAUGUCGACGAUUCACCGUCUCCCAAGCGUAGACAGACGACAGGCGAGUUAGGCCCCGUAUCCCAACGUGAAGCCACCCUUGCCGAGGACUCCGAGAUGUCUGAUCCGUCGGCAAACAAGGCGAAUCCGAGCCUUGCCUCAAGCGUUCCUCCCCCGUUACCCCCUCGAAAUCGCCAGCCCUCAGUAGGUGACAUGAUGUUCGGUCGACAAAACGACGUUUCCGAAUGUAUGGACAAUUGCAUUUUCCAGAUAGAGGCUGCGCUUCAGUUCGAUUCGGAACUUGGAGAAGGAUCCGAGCGUCUGAAUGUCGUGAAACGACUCUUUUACGGAACCAAGCGACAGCGGAUAACGCCCCUUGAUGAGGAUGCGAAGUCACAAAGCGUUGUCAGUGAAAAGACGGAUCUUUUUGCGCAGCUCCUCGUCAAUGUCUCCAAUGAAGGAACGGAUCUAUAUGAUGGGCUCAGCGGUUUUAUGGAUGAUGUCAUAGAAUUCGAAGGAAAGAAAGCCAGCAUGGAGGUCGUUUUAGUUGAAACUCCGCCAAUUCUCCAGAUUCAGCUCCAGAGGGUACAAUUUGAUCGCCAGACAAUGCAAGCCCGAAAGAACAAUGCAUACGUAGCAUUUGGAGAGACAUUGUACAUGGACAGGUUCAUGCAGUCGGCAAAUCCGGAGAAACGAGCGAAGUCAGCCAUCAUUCAAAAGGAUCUGCAGAGGUGUAGGGAACGUGUAGCUGUCCUCACCGAAAGCUCAACUGAUCCUAUACUUGAAUCACUGGCCCAGUCAGAAGAGCUGGCUCACGAUUUUCUAGCUGGUGGCGUGGAAGAGAUUGAUCAAGCACUCGUAGACUAUUUACGUGGCGAGAAGGAUGUUGUUCAUCGCGAAAUAGAGGACUGCCGUGCUCGCGCAAAGCAGUUAAAAGUCGAGCUGGAAGAACUCUGGUUGGACGAGCGGAAUCAAGAAUACGAGCUCUGCUCCGUUUUCAUUCACAGAGGGACCUCUCCCGCCUGGGGCCAUUACUUCUUCUACUCUUGCAAUCUUCCCAACAAUCCUAAUUCGUGGUUCAAGUACAACGAUUCUGAAGUUAGUGUUGUCUCCAAGGAUGAGGUUCUGGCGGACGGAACGGGUUCGACUGCUAAUCCAUAUCUUCUCGUGUAUGCCAGAAAGGGUUCCAAUGUCAUUGACACAGUCCACCGCAUCAUCCCCUCGUGACCGAACGGUACUCUCAUACAACCCAUCUAAUGUAUCUCUUACGGUUCUUGUAAUUGUCCGCAUAAUCGUUCAUUCGAUGCAACGAUCAAAAUUACAGACCACCCCUAUUGCAUCGAUUUUGGUGUCAAGAUACCUUCAAGGUUGAGCUGGUAUCAUCAGUUAAGUUCAUCACAUGGACCCUCCCGUGGCUUCGUGUCUUAUAUACAUAGUGUGAUUCUACAGCAAAAGCCUUUAUUUGGUAUUGGCGGAGCUUGAGAGGCCUUUGUAAAAUUUCGUUUCUGAUAGCCUGAUGCAAGCCUG